UGGCCAGCAAUCGGCAGCAGCCACAGUUCGUUUGCCGCACUCAAAUAGGAGAGACCGAAUCAAAAACUCUCCUUAAGUAGAAAACAAACAACGUAUUUGUUUUAUAUAAACAGCUCCAGCCCUUCCUCCGCAGUUUAUUAGGAUGUGGGACGUGUGGAUCUUCUUCCAGACGAACUUAAUCUUCCCUUUGGUGCAGAUCCUUCAAGUGGCCGUGGUGACGAUAAGCUCAUUAUUAAUAAGCAAUUCUUACAACUCUUUGCACACAAACGUCACCGAUGGCCAGGCAUUUGACUUCGUCAUUGUUGGCGCAGGCUCCGCGGGCUGCGUUUUGGCCCACAGGCUAACUGAAGUGAGGAACUGGUCUGUGUUGCUGGUAGAAGCAGGGAACGAUCCGCCCUACGUCUCGGAAGUUCCCGGUCUCGGAAUACUACUAGGAGCUUCGUUCCCAGAUUGGAAUUACUACACAAACGAUGACACUGAUGAUGACACGAGACUACGGAGUGUUCACAUGAUACAAGGAAAACUCGUAGGCGGGUCCAGCAGCGUGAAUUAUAUGUAUUACGUCAGAGGCAAUCCAGCCGACUACGACGACUGGGCGGCUCGGGGUAAUGAAGGCUGGGCAUGGAGUAAUGUCUUAAAGUAUUUUAAAAAGAGUGAGAGACUAAAUGACGAUGAGAUACUAAGCAGCAACUCCAACGACCUGCACGGCGUCGACGGAAACAUAGGAGUGACACGGUCGGUAUGGGACAAACAAACCAAGAGGUAUUUCGAAGCUUUCAGAGAAAAUGGUCACGAGAUUUUGUCGGACACAAAUGGCCACCAACAACUCGGAUAUUCGGUACCCAGUUUUACUAUGGACAAAUCGCGACGUCAGAGUGCCGCUGUUGCUUAUUUAAGGCCAAUCCUGAACCGUCCUAAUAUAAAAAUACUCAAAGAAACUCUGGCGCGAAAAUUAACUUUUGACGAGGAUAGAAGAGUCACUGGAGUAGAAAUCAGGGAUUCAGAAGGCUUAAUUAAGACGGUGAUAGCAAAGAAGGAAGUUAUUCUAUCAGCCGGAGCUGUUAAAAGUCCACAAUUAUUAAUGAUGUCUGGUAUAGGACCACAAGCAUAUUUAGAGGAAAUGGAAAUCAAUGUGGUUGUAAACAAUCCUCACGUCGGGUCUAAUCUACAAGAUCACAUGCUAGUACCAGUGGUGAUAUCUCUUGAUAAUGAAGAAUCAUCCAUAACAGACAAUUUCAACUUUAUAAGUAAACUAGGAACAUUUCCCGCCCCAAAUAUUAUGGGCCACGUUGCUCUAGACAAGAACCAAACUUUUCCAGACUACCAAGUCACCUCGAUGCCACUCCCAGUUGGAACCAUGCUGCCAUCUCUGGUCUGCAAUAGUAUAUUUCAAUGGAAUAAAGAAGUGUGCACGGCCCUAGCUGCCGCGGCGAGCCGAGACAUGUUAUUUGCAUUAAUUUCCUAUCUUCACCCCGAAUCUAGAGGAUAUAUUAAGUUGAAGAGCAACGACCCCGAUCAACCCCCAUUAAUUUAUCCUAAAUACUUGUCAAAGAGAAACGACUUAAAGAAAUUCUCUCGAAGCUUACAACACUUUACGAGCUUGAUUAAUACCACGUCUUGCAAAAAGCUUAAUUCUGAUAUCGUCGACUUAAAUGUUGGUAAAUGUAAAGACAAACCUUUCGGCAGUCUGGAAUACUGGGAAUGCUAUAUUUAUAAUCUGGUGACAACUCAGUACCACCCCGUCGGAACGUGUAGGAUGGGACCAGAUGGAGUCGUGGAUGAGAGACUUCGAGUAAGAGGAGUCGAGGGUUUGAGGGUGGUGGACGCGAGCAUCAUGCCUUCCAUAACGAGCGGCAACACGUACGCCCCGACCGUCAUGAUCGCUGAAAAGGCAGCUGACAUGUUGAAAGUUGAUAACGGUAUUUGUGAAGACGUUCUGUAGCUACUGGAAACCUUCGUGCAUACAUUUUAUUAGGAAUACCCUCUCGCGUCUUAUAGAAACUGCUUUAGAUACGGUUUUAUCUAAUAGUCGAUUAUUCAAAAACUUGGCUGUGUACCUUGAUAAAGUUUUGUUUGAAAACAAUAAAAGAAAGCAAGCA